CCAGUCCAACAGAGGUCGCUGUUCGUCGCGGCGCUUCGCUCUCCGCUGAGCGAACUGUCGUCGACGCGGAACUCCGUGUCUGUGUUUACGUCCCCGCUGCUUCUCUUUGUUCGCACAAAAGGGGGAAAAUGUGCGCCGUGCAGCUGCUGCGGGUGUCGGUACAUGAGCGGAUCAGCGCCGCCGCUGAAGACUUUCUGCUGCAGGUGGAAAAAGGAGAAGAAGCGGCUGAAAUCCCGGCGCUGAGGGCGCUGCUCACCGAGCGGCUAACGGCGGCUGCGGAGGAGAUCGUCGCUCUGUUUGAGGAAACCGUGGCGGAGUACGAAGACAGAGCGGAGCGGUCGGAGCGGGAGAUCUGCCGCCAGAGGAGGCUGCUCGAUGCCCUGCUGAAGCCCGAAGUGAGGCUGGACAGAGCAGAGUUUCUGCAGGAAGUCACCCUGAACCACGCAGACCGCCAGCCGGUCGACUCUGCCAAGGCUGAAAGGGUCGACAGUCCACCGACACCUCGCUCUCCUUCACCCGCCUACCGUCCGCCAGUCUCGCCGAGCAGCUCUGCCGUCCAGAGCGACGGUGAUCCAGACAGCGACUGGGCUAAACAGAGUCAGACUCUGAGAUCACCGAGGAAAAAGAAGAGAGGACGACCACCACUGGCUACCAGAAACAAACGGAAGCGUUUGACCCCAGCUCCGAGUUUCAUCUGCCAAGUGUGUGGACGCUCUCUGCAGGGGAAGGGUUUCCUGCUCAAACACGUCCUGCAGGUCUGCGCCACAGACCCGGACUGCUGCUGCGGCUUCUGUGGUGAGCGUUUAAGCUCUCCAGAUGACCUUACAGCUCACCUGCAGACGCACCAGGAGACAAGUAAAACCUGCUCAUUCUGCGGGAAAACCUUCCAGUCCAUUCUGGCGCAGGAGCUGCACGUGCGGCUGCACACUGGAGAGAAGCCAUACAGCUGCGACAUCUGCGGCAAGAAGUUCAGCCAGAAGGGCAACCUGAACUCGCACGUUCGCGUCCAUGUUGCCGAGAAACCCUUCAAAUGCAAAGAGUGCAGCCGAGCGUUCUGUCACGUGACGUCUUUAGAGCGGCACAUGCAGGAGCACAGCGGCGAGGAGGUGCACACCUGCACCGUCUGUAGUCAGGAGUUCAGGAAGCGACGCAGCCUGCAGCGACACAUGGCGACUCAUCAGAAGGAGGCCGCCGACAAACCGCAGAGAAGACGCAACUCGGCGCUGUCCUUCCACUGCAAAGUGUGCGGGGAUGUCUUUGACAAGAGAACCCUCUUGGUGAAACACGUGGAGACUCAUCUGCAGGACCCGGACUGCUGCUGCGGACUCUGCGGACACCAGUAUGAGUCCGCCACCAGCCUCGCCACUCAUCUGCGCUCCCACCGUGAGAUUGGCAACACCUGCCACAUCUGUGGCAAGUCAUUUCCGGCUCACGCCGCACUUGAGAUGCACAUGAGGAUUCACACCGGGGAGAAACCGUACACCUGCAGCUUCUGCGGGAAGGCCUUCAAUCAGAGUGGCAACCUGAAGACACACUUGAAGAUCCACACUGGCGAGAGGGCUUUCUCCUGCAGCCUCUGUGGUAAGGGCUUCACUCAGAAGCAGACUCUGGACACUCAUGUGCGCUUCCACAACAAGGAGAGACGCUUCCUGUGCCAGGUGUGUGGGAAGGGUUUCAUGCAGGACGUGGACCUGAAGAGACACAUGCUGAUCCACACUGGGGAAAAACCAUACAGCUGCAGGGUCUGCGGGAAGAGCUUCCAGGCCAAACGAUCUCUCAACGGGCACCUCAAGGUCCACAUGGAUGGGGAGGGGGGGGCGGAGCUGGAUCAGACCUCUGAGAAGUCGAGGACGGACGGUUUCUUCUCGGGCUUCAUCCAGCUUGUGCUGAAGGAGCAACGCGGCAUCACAGCAGUUUUAAUGCAUUUGUGUGCACAAGUCAAAACUGGGAAACUUGCGUCCUGUCAGUGUUUCACAAUAACCAAAGUGGGAUUUGAACCCUGGAUUCUGAAUCGUAUUUUCAGCAGCAGCGGUAUUUUGAGUGGUGGGAGGAAGUGUAGUGUAUCCUCCGGUCCAGCAGGGGGAGGCUCCGACUCCUUCGCUUCUCAGCGUGAACUCGUUGACCCGGAACAGACGAGUGUUGUUUUCCUUCCUGGUGGCCUGUGGCCGGACCUCUCGACCGGGAUGUCCCUGGAAGAAACCCCGCUGCGCUGCGGUCUCCGGGUCCUUACGGAGUCAGUGUCGGAGCAGUUGACCCGGGUCGGUGAGGAGAUCCUGGGUUUGCUGGAGAAGCGGAUCGGAGGCUCCAGAGGCCGCCUGCUCCAGCUGCUGCGGUUGCUGCUCACCGAGCGGCUGGCGGGGGCUGCCGAGCGGAUCGUCGGGCUGCUGCAGCGGGAGGUCGAGGAUUACCGGCGGCAGUUGGAGCGGCAGGGGCGGCUGCUGAAGGCGGUGCUGAGCCCGGUGGUCCGACUGAACCGGACAGAUUCCAUCAGGAUGACUGGUGCUGAGAGGACUCUGCUGUCUGGGUCCAGUCUGGUCCCCACAGCCCCACUCAGCUCGGCCUCCUCUGAUGCCUCUGCAGCUGAGAGCGACCGCUCCGACGACGACUGCAAGGCAAAUGAGCGCUGCAACAAAGAAACAAACAUGACAGGUGGAGGGCGGAGGUCCGACAGGCGGAGACAGACGGCGCCGGCGGCAAACUGCUGUGUAAACUGUGGAAAAAGUUUCCGUCACAAAGGGAAUCUGGUGAAACAUGUGGAAACACAUGCAGACAACCCAGAGUGUCUCUGUGGCAUCUGUGGUGAACACUACAAGUCCUCUGAUGGCUUUUUUGACCAUCUCAGAUCUCACAAAGAAGCCACCAGCAGUGGUGGAACAUGCGAGGUCUGCGGGAAGACGCUACAGAACAUGGAGACGCACAUGAGAAGUCACACCGGAGUCAAACCCUACAGCUGCGACGUCUGCGGCAAGAGCUUCCCCCGAUCCGGAGCUCUGAGAAGACACAGGAAGAUCCACAGCAGGAGGACACCUGAUGUCUGCCCAGUCUGCGGACUGACCUUCACCCAAAACCGGCUGCUCCAGGAUCACCUCAAAACCCACGAAGAAGACGAUGGUGACCAGAGUGAGGAGGAGGAGGUCAAGGAUGAUCAGUCAGAGAGAGCAGGCAGGCAGAGCUCUGAACUGAAGUCGUCUCCGUCCUCGUCGCUCUGCUGCAGAGUCUGCGGUGAUUCCUUCCAUAGCCGAGGGUUCUUGAGAAAACAUGCUGAGACACACUGCAGGGAGUCUCAGGGCGUCUGCGGCGUCUGUGGACAGCAGCUGGACUCGCCUGAUGGUCUGCUGACUCACCUGCAGUCCCACAGAGAGACCAGCGGGACUUGCAGCAUCUGCAGCAAGAGUUUCCAGAACAUGGAGACACAUAUGCGAAGUCACACGGGGAUCAAACCAUACCGCUGCAGCUUCUGCAACAAACGCUUCCCUCGAGCCGGAGCGCUGAGACGCCACAAGAAGAUCCACGUUGGCGAACGGCCGUACGUCUGCCAGCGCUGCGGGAAGACAUUCAUCGAGAACAGUGCCUUAAAGACUCAUAGCAGGAGUCACUCACAGGAGAUCAACAGCGAUGAGGACCGUCAGAGUCUGGAGCCGGAGACAGACAAAUGUCCAGCUGCUGGAGAGAACGCCAAGGUGUCGACUCAGAUGUCUCACUGCUGUAAAGUCUGCGGGGAGUCUUUUCAGAGUAAAGGCAGUUUGAGGAAACACGCUAUGGGUCACUCAGAAGAGUCCAUCUGCGGCAUCUGCGGUCAGAGUUUACUGCCAUCAGAGACCUUGGGGAACCACCUGCAGGUUCACAGAGACGACGGUAAAAUCUGUCACAUCUGUGGUAAAACCUACCAGAACAUCGAGACUCACAUGCGGAGUCACACCGGCUUCAAACCGUACUCCUGCAGCGUCUGCAACAAAUGCUUCCCUCGGCCCGGCGCCCUGCGGCGCCACAAGAGGAUCCACAGCGGAGAGCGACCAUACGUCUGUGAGUUCUGCGGAAAGACAUUCAUCGACAACAGCUCUCUGACGACGCACAUCAGGAACCACACCGGAGACAAGCCUGCCCACCGUGUCUCCUGUGAGACCUGUGGGAAGAGCCUGGCGUCGAUCCACGUCCUGGAGGUCCACAAGAGGAUCCACACCGGCGAGAAGCCGUUCCAGUGUCGUGUCUGUGGGAAAGCCUUCAGGCAGGUCGGAGGCCUGAAUGCCCACAUGCUGACCCACACCGGGGAGAAGCCAUUCAGCUGCAGCCUGUGCAACAAGAGCUUCAGCACGAAAGGAUACCUGGAGACCCACAUCCGCUUCCACAAGAAGGAACGAGCGUUCAGCUGUCACCUGUGCUGGAAAGCCUUUGUCACCAAGAAUGACCUGAAGAAACACCUGCUGACACACACCGGAGAGAAACCCUACAGCUGCAAGGUAUGCGGGAAGAGCUACCAGGAGAAACGCUCCCGAGACGUCCACAUGAAGGUGCACCUGGAUGUCCACAUCGGCAAAGACCCAAUCAGGAUUCAGGACGGUGUGCAGCCAGACUUCAUCCAGCUGUAGAGGUCACACAGACCAGUUUCUAUUCUGGGAUCAUGUUCUUCUCUCAAACUGAGGAACAAAAAUCUGCUGCGAUGGCUUUCAGUUGUCAUCAGAUACACAAAACCGCCACAAAGGAAAUGAACUGCACUUUAACUAUCACACCCUAACAGUUUCACAAAAAUCCUUCAGUUUCUCAAACAUUUUUCAGAUGUACGUUUUCUAACGAGAGCUGCAGUCAGCAGGAGUUUACACUGAAGAGGAAUCUGCGGAUUGUUUUGUCAGUUAAUGGUAGAAAAUCAGAGGUCAAGAUGACGUCUUUGAAUGUUUUGUCCAAACAGCAGUCCAAGUUGGAAACAUCGUUUGGUAUUUGGCAUUUUUUGCUUUGGUGACUAAAACCAUUUUAUUCUCAAAAUAGUUGCUGUCUAAUCAAUUAAUCAAUCAACCAACUAAUGAACUAAUAAACAGUUGUGUUUCUGUCGCUGACAUGCAGUCACAGAUUCAACAUGAAAGUUCA